UGUCCGUCACGUCAGUUUACGGUAGUGUAACCACCCACUUCAAAGAUGGAGGACGAUAUCUCAGAUUUGAGCAGACCACAAAUGUACUUGUUUGGUUGUACCCUCAAAUCGGACAAACAGGAGUUCAAAGUUGACGUAGACGACGAUGAUACGGAACAACAGCUGUCACUCAAAGCAGUGUGUCUGGGAGCUGAGGCUGAGGAUAAGUUCCACAUGGUGGAAGUCGAAGGCCUCACUUAUGAUGGAAAGACGACCAAAGUGCCACUGGCUGUCCUGAAACCGUCCGUCCUGCCUUCUAUGAGUUUAGGUGGAUUUGAGAUCACACCUCCAGUUACCUUCCGUCUCCAGUCAGGCUCUGGACCAGUACACAUCAGCGGGCAGCAUUUUGUUAGUGUGAAGGAUUCAGAGGAUGAAGAGGAGGAGAACAACACAUCGCCAGUGAAGCGGCCUGCAAGCCUGAUGUCGGGGAAAAAGCCUCCAUUGAAAAAACUAAAGAUGGAUUCUGACGACGACGAAGACGACAGCGAUGAGGAUGAUGAAGAUGAUGACGAAGAUGACGACAGUGAAGAAAAUGGUGUGAAGCCCCAGAAGAAUGUCGGAAAAGAUCUCAAAAAAAGCCCAGAGCUUUCAGCAAAGAAGCCCAACAAGACUCCGGUUAAACAAAACUGCCCCGCAGGAAAACCAUCAGGAUCAGCGGUCAAACCACAGAUGAAGACACCUGUCCUAGGAAAAGACAAACCCCAGGCUGGCCCGUCUAAAUCCCCCCCUCUGACUGAGAUUAAGAAGAAGUUGUCAACGGCAGCCAAGGAGGGAAAACCACUACCCAAGACAGAGCAGAAGUUUGAGAAUUUCGUGAAGAGUUCUUUUAAAAUCUCAGACAAAAAUGUGGUCAAGGAUCUUUGGAGCUUUGUACAAACACUGAAGAUUGAGAAGAAGUAACAAAUCUUGUACUUUGUAACAUUUGUAUGUUUUGCAUCCUACAAGACAUUUAAAGGCACAGUCAGCGAGAUUUCCUACUUGGCCUUAUUAUGUCAUCAUUGCUAACUAUGACUUGGAGUGAACAGAAGGACUAAGUGCUGAAAAAUGGGUAAAGCCAUUAAUGACUCAGGUGUCAUCGGGUUUUUAGAUCCGAAGCACCUUCUGGAGCUACUUCGUAAUUCACUCACAAACUCGCUCAUUCACGUUCAGCAGACAAGCGGUCCACUUCAUUGCAUGCCAAUCUGCACCACCUAUAGGGAAAGAAAGUAAUAGCACCACCAAUUAGGACCUGCAGAUGUCUUUGUUGCAGGAAAGAAAUAGCUGCUGCAAUUUUAACACUUGCGCCACCUGCAGGCAAUAAAUGUUGCACCUGCAGAUUUUUAUGGUCCCUAUAAUUAACAUAUGUAAAUUGGCAACAACAUAAUUCAAGUAUUCAGAGCCAACGCAGACCAGACAGAACCUAGUCAAGUUAUUCAUUGCUAAUAUUGGUAUGUGGCCCCUCUGUCCUACCUUUUUUUUCAAUAGUAUCUUUUUUACCACAAGGAGUAGUUAAAAAAACAAACAUUUUCCAAUCUUACUGACGAGGGCUCUUUGAUGUAAAAUAUAAAUCCUUGAACAGCAGCUAUAAAAAUGAAAGCAACUGCAGGAGGUGCAACUGUCGAAUUACAGAAGCUAUUCCUGUCCUUGCCUGAAGAAGGUGAGAGGCAUGCCUAGAUCUGACUUUCUUCACGUAUAGUCGGCACCUGUUGCAAACUGCUGGUGCUAUAGCUCUGCAAUUUGAUGAUAUUGGCCGAGCCUGGUUUCAGGUGCUUCGCAUCCAUGACACUGUGGGUCCUUGUUAAUUCAACAAUGCAAUAGGAGAUAUUGCAGAAUGUGCCUUUAAAUAUCUUUACUGUAAAUUGAGAUGAAUCAAAGUCCCAUUUUGUGUGAAUUGAAGCAGUAUAAGGCUGACAGCUGAUACAGGGGGACAAUGACUAGUUUUGUUUUGUUAUUUUAGGUUCUGUCUGGCUUUAUGAGGCAUUUUUUUAGCUUCCGAAACACGCUUACAGAUUGUACUAUAAAUUUGUCUGGCAUAAUUGCUCUAUACAUAUUGUACAGGAAUUUGUCAGAGUAAGUCAAUACAAGAUUUCUUUUUUUUUAAUUGUGUCAGUCAGUUUGGUCAUAGCAUCUACUGCAGCUGAACAUGCAGUCAUUUGUUUUUGAACUUGCCCAACAACACCAAACAUUAUUUUUUUGUGUCCUGCAGUGAACAUUUUCAACUGUUUUUAAAACCUUUCACUUGAGUAGUAGAAAAAAGAAUACAAUCUAGAAACUGUAAGAUGUAAGUGCAGUUGCAACCUUGUGACCGUUACGUAUCGUUGCCAGUUAAUCUGAGUACACGAGAAAUGUUUCAUCCAGUGUUUUACCAGGAACGCACCUAACAUUUCUGUAUAAAAGCAGUGUCAUUCUUUUUUUUUUUUUUUUUUUUUUAAAUGCUUUCAAUACAAAUGCAGUUAUGGUUAUGUUAUCUAAACUUGUAGAACCUGCCUUUAUUGCAAACCUGCUGACUAACUAUUUCAGAUGGCAUUUUUUGGAGUGUGAAUUUAUAUCAAUCCUAUGAACAUCUGCGAUAACCUGAGAGGGUUUUUCCUUACAGUGAUUGCAAAAUCUGUAGCAAAAAAUUAUCAUAAGAGCAGUACACAAAACAUUCUCGAGUAUUAUGAGCUCUAUAAAACCAACACAGGUGCCCUGAGUAAAAUGUUUUUCUUUUAAAGUAAUUUAUACACAUGAUGUACAAAAAGUUGAAAACAAGGCUAACUAGCUCCAGGACUAUAUUUACGACGUGGUAUUAACAAUGUUUGCUGUGUAUUUCUAUUUACUCUAAUGCACUAAAAACUGGUUACAAAACUAUAAACACAGGUUAUCUUAUUUAUAACAACAUAAUCAUGAGGUAUAUAUCAGAAAAUAUCAUUAGAGUAACAUCAUGUCACCUUUACAGAAACCCCAUAAAGAAUUCAACCCCAUAAUUGUUUGCACUCUUGUGUAUCAGUGCUCUGAUGACAAUAAGCAUACAAUCGCUCUGUGCUUAUGUGUUUAUGAUCCUGUAUAAUGCCUUUUAUGAGCCAAAUGUUGGCAGUUAGAUACCAGCUUUAACUAAUUAAAUUGCUUGGUUUUACCCUCCUGUUGUGAAAUUCCUUAGCUGUAAACUUUACUUCUUCAACUAAUUUAGGUCAUUAAAGUUGCCCGGAUAAUUUACCUCUAUAGUGUCCUCUUUGUAGUGAGGUUUCAGUAGAAGCAGGUUGCAAUUCCUAUGAUUUAGUUUUGGUUGCGUAUGAUUUCAUGGUGGCAGUUCAUUAAUGAUUUUUAAUACUUGUAUCAAAUUUAAUCUACUCUUUUUCUGUGAAUACAUCUCUUGCUUUUUUAUAUUAAGUGUAUGCUUAAUCCGCCCUUGGUAAUAGCUGAUUUUGCAGCUUGGAGAUGUUGUGAUCUUUAUUUGAAAUGUGUUCUUGUUUGGUAUAGAAAUGUUUUAUAUUGAGUGUUUAACCCCCUUUUAAAUGUUUGAAAUACUGUCUUGUUUUUAUUUUAGCCCUGCUGUUUGUCAUCUUUAAGUUGUCCAACCUUUGAUUCUGUCAUUUCAAAGCCAGUCCCUUACUAUGUUCAAGUGGGGGGAAAAAAGAGACAUUGUGAUCUUUGCCGAUAACCUGAUGUAGGUUUAGGGCACAAUGUGGUUGAAAUAUGGCUUUCAAAAAUACAACUGGCUUACAAUGCUAUUAGCAUGAUAAAACAUCAAGUUUAGAGCAGCAUUAUAAAUGUUUUCUGGAUUAUGAGUAGUAGUAGUAAGCAUCUACCUUUGUAUCAGAGUAAAGUAAUUCAGAGACUUUUCCAUGAUUUAUUAUGUUUCAAUCUAAUGACCCUAUGUAUUUUCUUUAUCCAUAAUAUUGCCUUGUAUCUGUGACCUGAAGUACCUACUGUAAAAAAGCAUGCGGUGAGACCUCUUCAAUUUCAAUUGACAAGAAACAAGGCUUGUACAGAUUUACUGUGUAUAUCAAUGCAAACUAAAUUGUAAUACACUGUACUAUUGAUAUAAGUAGACGAUGUCUUGGCUGACCCAACAUGUUGGAACAAAAUUGCAUUUUGUCCAUUUAGUCAAACUUUAUUGAUUAGUUUAUGCAUGACUGCUGGUGGUGGAUAUUCAUUCAUUCAUGGUUUGAUGAGAUAAACAUAUCCAUCGAUUUAUUUAAAUCUCCCUGUAACAUUUACCUGAAUAAAGUAAAUCCUAGCUGUU